AUUUUUAGCGUUGCAUGUGAUCCUUGAAAUACUAUAAUUUUGUCCUGAGAAGUUUUUUUAUAUAACAAUAAAUAAGGCAAAUAUUUAGGUGAUCCCAUUUAGCUAGGCCACUCUAUAUAUUCUAAAAAUACGAAAAUAAAUAUACGUGAUUAUGAAGUGAUUAUGAUGUAUGUUAUCCUGAAAGUAAACCAUUAAAUUAAACUAAACUGUAUGGAAUGAUUUUGAAUUUUACCCUAACCUUGUUCAAUUAAUCGAAAUUGCACUCCAACGUUUCUAACCUCGUUUUAUUAUUAAUCAAAUAAUUAUAUUUGUCAGGUUGAUAUUAAAUUUUCCAAAAUGCCGAAGAAAAAGACAGGACAAAGACGGAAAGCUGAAAAACAAAAAUUAAGGCAGAAAGAAAUUAGAACCGCUAAAGAUCAAUUAGAUUUAGCUAAAUUUCCAUGCAAUGCAGUAAUGGAAUGUGACAAAUGUAGCAAGAAACAAAAAAGUAGAGCCUUCUGUUAUUUCUGUCAAAGUGUACAACGAUUACCAAUGUGUGCUCAUUGUGGAAAAAUAAAGUGUAUGCUAAAAACAGGAGAUUGUGUUGUUCGUCAUCCUGGUGUGUUUAAUACUGGAUUGGGUAUGGUGGGAGCCAUAUGCGAUCAUUGUGAAGCAUGGGUUUGUCACGGAAGACGUUGCCUUACAACUCAUGCAUGUAUAUGUCCAUUGAUAGAUGCAAUUUGUCAAGAAUGUGAAAGAGGUGUAUGGGAUCACGGUGGUAGAAUAUUCCGAUGUUCAUUUUGUAAUUGCUUUCUUUGUGAAGAUGAUCAAUUUGAACAUCAAGCAUCAUGUCAGGUUUUGGAGGCAGAAAGUUUCAAGUGUCAAUCAUGCAAUCGAUUAGGACAAUACUCUUGCUUGAGAUGUAAAACAUGUUAUUGCGAGGAUCAUAUUAGAAGAAAAGGGUUUAAGUAUGAAAAGAACAAACCUAUACCUUGCCCCAAAUGUGGUUUUGAAACAUCUCAAACAAAAGAUCUUAGUAUGUCAACAAGAACUCAUAAAUUUGGUAGACAAGGUGGAACAUACGAAUCUGAUGAUGAAGGUGAAUAUAAUUAUUAUGGAAAUCAAUCACAAGACUAUAUUCCUGAAAAUCAUACAUCUUAUCAGGAAGAUGAAGAUGAAGAUGAUGAUAAUGAUGAGGAUGCUGAUGAUAAUGAUGAUGACGAUGAUGACGAUGAUGACGAUGAUGAUGACGAUGAUGAUGAUGGUGAUGAUGAAGGAGAAAGAGAGCGGGUAAAUGAGUUAAUAAGUGAAAAUCAAGAAAAUUGCGAUAAUAAAUUGCAUCAAAGUAUUAAUAAAAACGUUUAGCAAAAAUUUAAAUUUUGCAACUAAAUGUAAAAAUGGAAAAAUAAAUAUAUCACUGUUGUCUUUAUAACAAAUUAUAACAUGCUAUUUUUUAAUAUGAAAAAUUGUAUUUCAAAUAUCGAUACGUAUAGGAUAAAGCUAAUUGGGAAACCUAA